AUGGCUGAGACUAAGCCUUCUUCUCCUAUUCCCAAGUCUAGUAUCAGUCCUGAGCCACUUCCUCAACUUCCUAUUACCCUUUUGUCCAAUUCUAGCCGUACGCCCGUAGUUCCAUUUUUUUUAUCCCAGUCAACCACGCAUGUAAUACUUGACCAAUUUUUACUGGUCUCAAUUCCUCUUACUCCUCGAGGCUUUUUUGAUUCCUUAGAGACUUGCUUGGUUUCUUCCACUGGUCGUUUGUUAUCUGGAGGCCAAAUCGUUUCUCUUUUUCAUCACAGAAUGCCGUGGGUUACAGGGGUUUCUGGGUUGGUGGAGGAUUUGAGAGGAUGGGAUGCUACACGUCGCAUUGCCUGGCUAGGCAUUCGUGUUUGCUUGAGUCCUAAAGAGUCAGAUAUCCGCCACCUCCUCCUGCGUGUCUCGUAUGACAUGCUGGAUAGUUCUAUUGUGGAACGUAUUCUCACCAUCACUCCUCGCAUGAGUCUUGUGAUGCUUCCUCUGUUUGAUCCCGCAUGCUGCAUGUUUCCCGCACCAUGGCUGCACUCCUUUCUCACUUUUCCUGAGAAAGCACGCUUCCUUCAAUGUGGGUGCCUUGCCUGCCUUGUCGGUCUUGAGAUG